AUGGGACAAUCUGAGGGCAGCAGCAGGCCGUAUCAUAGUGAGAAGUAUGAUAAAAUGAAAAAGCUCAAGGAUCCCUUGAAAUACUCGCUCAUUAGAUUGAUGGCUGAGUAUCAAAUGAACUAGUAAGAAGAAGAUGGGAUGAUCAAGUAAUAUGAAACCAAAGAAAUCAAAGAAAAUUCCAUCAGCAAGUCAUUCAUACAAAAAAUACUCUGCCAGGACAUGAAUGAACUGACAUUUAAGAAGAGGUAACCAAAUAAAGAUUUAGAAAAAUUAAAGUAGAUACAAAAGCACCAAGAAUUUCUUCAAAGCAUAGGAGGGGAGGAGAAUUACUAAAAAAUCAAAUAAUUAAAUAUUGGAAUAAUUAGGAGCUACGAUGGCCUAGUAAGUUACUAAGACUUCAAAGAGUUUAUAUUGACUCAAUAUGUUGAUAAUAAUGGAGUGAGGAGAGAAUCUCAGUUUUAACCAAAAGAUGAUAUGAUGACUAUAGAGAAGCUAACUGAGUUUAGAUAGCUCUUUGAAAACAAUAAGCAGUUAGCUAAAGACAAGCAUACUUAUUUUCUCAAUCUAUUGGACGCUAAAGAAUAGCUGUCAAACAUGUCUAAUUCACUUAAAAUUACGGUAGAAGAAUUCAGUGGAUUCUUUGCAGAUUAAAUAGCGCAAAAAAAUCACCUCAUCAAUGAAACAUAAUUCUCUGAUCUGAUAUCGAAGUUUGAGGAUGAAAUACUGUCGAUGGCAGGGAUUGAUUAGUAAGUCAAUAUGCCCAUUUUUGUUAUUCAUGAAGAAGAUGAAGACUCUCCCAGGCAUCUUGACACAUAAGGUUCAGAUAAUGAGAAAGACGAUCCUUAUUCGAUUUCGCCAGAACCAAGAUCAAAAGGGCAGGUUUAACAGCCUCCAAGUGGAAGCUUAAGUGCUAGAACAGGUUCAUCCUAAUCAUCUUCUAGUCUUCAAAUAUAAAAUACUCCAGUUAACUAAAAGAGAAAGAGCAACACCUCAGGUUAAUAAUUGCCUGUUGUUGGAGAGAAAAUAUCUAAAAUCGAUUCAGCUUCAAAGCAAGUUUUCAUUGACUUUAUGUCGAAUGAAUAAAGAGACCCAGAAAUCGUACUUUAAGAAAUUAUUGAUGACAUGAAUGAUAACCAAAAAUACAAAUCAUAUCUCUAUCAUGAUGAAUGGUCAAAGUUUUUCUCAGCUAUGAAGAAGAUUGUUGAUUCUAUUUGCAAGAAGUGCAGUAAGCUAGAGGAUGAGACUGAAGGCCUUAAGUAAAAGUGCGCAUUAGCUUAUGCAGAAAAAGAAGAUUUUAGCUUGAAAUACAAUACUGAAAAAGAAAAACACCAAAAGUUGCAAAUAGAAUAUGAGGUGCUUGAAAGAGACGUUGAUGAUCUCUUUAAGAUUGAGAGAUAGUUCAAUGAAAUGAAAGCCAAGUAAAUCAAACUGAUUCAAUAGCUUGAUAGGAAAUAGAAGAAGCUUUCACUACUUAAGCCUAAAGUAUUUGUACUGGAAUAAGAAAACGAGCAUUUGAUUUAAUAAAGAGAUGAGUUAGACGAAAAAUUAUAUGAAACUGAGAUAGAGCUUCAAGGACUCAGAGAACUUUUUAAAACUGAAGCGACACCAGAAAUGUAAAAGAAAUACCAAAAUAUGAGAAAUACCUUCAGAUAGAGUAUGAUCAAGGGCGGAGGGUUCUCAAGAAAUACAUAGACUGCUGCUGUUUUAUCAAGAUUAAGUGUAAUCAAUCAAGAGGAAAGUAAUUCUGUCAAUGAAUUAGAGUAAAAAUAUCUUAAUACUAUUCAGUCAUUGAUAAUCUCUAAUAACACACUAGAGCCUCAAGAUUAAAGAGCACUCUCGGUCUUGGCUUAGGAAUACGUUAAAAACAAAUAGACUGUAAAUCAACUAUUAGGAGAUGCAGAGGAAGUAUGCUUAGAAAAUGAAAGUUUGCAAGUUUGGGAAUUCAAAUAUUUGAAUUAGGACUUAAUAUAGAAGCACUAGGAUAACGAUAACUUUAGAACUAGCUAUAUGAACAUAAUUGGCAGAUAAGAGAUAGAGCCAUUUGGAGAAAGGCUUAGCAGAAUUGAUUCAAGUAUUAAAACGAAUGAUCCUUUCACAAGUUUCGAUUUUCAAAGAUUUUCAAAUUUUGGGGAAGAAGAAAAAAUCUAAGAAGCAAAGCCUAAUCUAUAAAGAAAGUAGUAGGAACCACAAAUAAUGGUUUAAAAUACCUAAAAUGAGCAGGUAUAUGCUAGAGCUACUUUAGGGGAUGAAUUUGAUCCAUCUAGAUUCACAACACACUAAAGCUUUGGCAAUGAGAAUACAAUAAUCCAUUAAGACAAUCUCAAUCCACUUUCAAUCUAAGUGAAAUAAAGAGCCUUAACUCACUAAGUUGAAAUGGACAUAUUUAAGCAUGAAGAUGAUUUUUAUGAUCCUUUAGCAUUAUAAACUUAAGAAGAAUUGAAGAAAGAAUCACUGAAGCUAAUUAGAAAGUAAACUAAUAAAAGUGAUUACGAAGAAGAGGAAAAAGAUGAGGUCAUGCCAUUAGAAGGAGGUUAGGUAAGAAAAUAAAAUAUUGAGAGCUUGAUCAUAAUCAGAGAUGAGCCAGAGUUAUUUUCAAGAAUUACAAUGAUUGGUGAGGAUGAUGAUGAAGAGGAGAGUGAAAGAAGUUAAAGCAUCGCAAUUAAGAAGGAUGAUCCUUCUAGGAAAUCAAAAGCAAUGAUUGAGUACUAAAAGACAUAGGAUGGCAAAAAACUCAAAGAAUUAAUGAAAAAGGCUGGCAGGUUUACUACUCUUAGUAGUAAAAUGGUUAAGGGCAGUUUCGCGGGUAACACCAGAGAUUAAAGUGUGAUUUCAACUGUAUCAAAGAUAACUAACUUCGACUAUCUCUCACUUAGGAGUUCAGCAAAUAAAUUAUACAAGAGAGUUACUUAAUUCCUUGAGAGAUAAGGGGAGAAUAAGUACUAACUUGUCAUUUUCUCAGAUUAUAUGUACAAAAUAGAUUCACAUUUAAACAAAACAAAGAGAAUCUUAUUUGCCACUUAAAGCAAUGUCUAUUAACUCAGUAUUAAUCUAAGUUUAAUAGUUAAGAUUCCAAUCAAAGAUAUCACUGGAAUUACUUUGAUAAAAUCAAGCUCUGCAAUGCUAGCAAUUCACGUAAAUAAGAAGUAUGAUUUUCUUAUGGAGACAAUUAGAAGAACAGAAUUCAUAGUGUUUUUGGUAAAUAUAUCUGACAAUAACGGAUGGCAAAGACCAGAACUAGUUCAAUCAAACGGUCUUAAGCUUUUGAAAACAAAAAAAUAAGAAAUCCUUGAUUUUGACCCUGCUAAAAAUGACUUAUCUAAAAAUAAUAAGAAUCUGUUCUCUCAUUUAAUUUCAACAAAUUUCUUAAACGCAAGCUUGGUUGGCUAUUUAGAUAAAAGAUCAGAAAACUGGUUUAGAUCUUGGAAUGAAAAGUUCUGUGUACUUACUAAUGUGGGACUUCUAUAUUAUAAUGAUCCUUAAAAGAGACCUAGAAAUCUAUUUCCAACAAUAGACGCCUAGAUCAUAGCAGUUAGUGAAGGAAUGUACAACCGAAAAUAUGUAUUCUAGAUGAAAUCAUAUACCUAUGAUAUUACUUUUGCUUGUAAGAGUAAGGAUGAUUAUGAAAGAUGGAUGAAUCAAUUAAAUAAGCUGCAGAGAGAAACCGAGGAAAAGAGAAAAGAGAUAAUGAAGAAGCAAAAUGUAAAGGAUAAGAAACCAACUAAAGAGCAUGAUGAAGAGAGACAGGAAAUUAAGCUAAUCAAAUCAGCAAAAUUCAUGCAUAAAUGA